AUGUCUAGGGAUUACGUGCCGGCCUUCUGCUCGAAGAUCCUCUCGAUGAGAAAGGCUUUGCUGAGGACCAGGCCUCGCAUCCGCAAGGCACAUACCCUUCCGGAGGAGCCCGAAACCCAGCCAGCAAGUGUCAUUCCAAAAAGCUUGGACACUCAGCUGGCAAAUCCGGAUGAGCCUCAAACCCACUUGGCGGAUCCGGAUGAGCCUCAAACCCACGUGGCGGAUGGAGAAACCCAGCAAGAGACCCCGCCGCCAGCGCAGUCAGUGCCCCUGGUCGACUUGAGGAGCCCGGCUGAAGUGGCCGGGGUGGCAGCCGAUCCUGGCAAGGCACCCGCUGGGGAUGGGAAACCGGUGGAGAGCCCUGAGGAUGCGCCGAGCCCACAGGACGAGCUGGCAGAAUCCGGUGGGGAAGAGGAUGAUGAGGUGUCUGCUGAGGCGCCUGCUGAGGCGCCUGCUGAGGAGAAAGCACCGCCCAAAAAGGAAACCAUGGCAGCCAUCAAAAAACGCCUUGAGAGGCUGUGCAAGCCCAAGGCGGACGGAACCCUGAAGGUUCCAAAAGAUGUUGUUGCUGACUACCACGAUCUCAGCAAACGCCAUGUGGUGAUGAGUUUGUUCGAGAAGAAGAGCGACUAUGGCGAGGGGACGCUCUACUGGGCACUGGUCAGCCAAAAGGGCUCCAAGAAGCUGCUUGAAUCCGCUGACGAUGAUGAUGUGGAAUCUGAUGAUGGGGCAGCGCAGUCAGGCGUGUUGAAAAAGGUGGCCUUUCCCGACAUCCAGAAGGAAGCUCAGCCCGCCACCCUUUGCCCCAAAGUCACCAAGUGCAUCAGCAAGCGGUUGGACAACAAGAGACGCCGGCUGACCACUUCAGAGCGGGCUGUGCUGUCCAGGAAUGCUGAACGUGACAUGCACAGACGGUACUGCCGCCUGGGGCUUUCCAUACCAGUUCAUGUACAGUCUCUGGACCACACUUUACGGGGCCAGCCUAAGUUCGACACCCACUUCACCCAUGUUUCCGAAUGGAUGAGAGUGUUGCUUAAAAUGGCGCCCCAAUCGUUGUUUGGAGAUGCGGAUCCGGAACAGCAGUGUGCCGCAUUCUGGAGCUUAUACGAACAACACCACCCAAGUCACCAGGUGUACCAGCAUCGUCGGGGCGAUCUUCAUCGAACUCUUCCUAUCUUGAUUUUUGGGGACGAAGGGCGAGGCCCUAAACGUGGAAAUUUCUUGAUUUGGACAUUCGAAACCCCGUUUGGGCUGAAAGAUCUCGAGCCAACCUGGUCCUGUGGGUGUACCCAAGCUUUGGAGACACUGCCGGAAUCCGACAUCACGCGCUGCAACUUCGAAAGAGAAGUUCCGCAUGAUUUGUUGGCCAGGGCUUCCAAGCAAACAACCAACUAUGCAGGGCACAGCUAUCUGACAAAGCACCUGCUCUUUGGAAUCCCACAUUGGAAGUACAAGGCUGACAAAUCGCCGGUCCACAAGCACUGGGAAAUUUUGGCCGAGGACAUGAGCCGUCUUUUUCACGAAGGCCUGGAAGUGAAUGGCAAACGAUACUUUGCCGCACUCAUUGGAAGCAAGGGGGACAUGAAACACCACAUGGAGUGCGGGCAUCUGACCCGCAGCUACCACACAAUUGGUGAUGGAACCAUGAUGUGCAGUUUAUGCGAAGCAGGUUCUGAAGACAUCCCCUUUGAGACCGCUGCUCACGCCCCUUCAUGGGCGGCCACGAUGGGCCAAACACGCCCUUGGGAGACGCAGCCGGCUUUGGCCUCGAUCCCCUACGACACUGGGUCUCCCGAACAGGUGUUCCAGCUUGAUGUCUUUCAUCUCUUCAAAGUCGGCCUCGGCCGUGAUCUUGCAGGCUCAGCCAUUGUCAUCAUGGCACAGCUGGGGUUCUUUGACAGCCCUGGCGAUUCGAAAAGCCUGGAACAUCGUUUGGAACGUGCCCAUGGGUCCUUUUAUCUCUGGGCAUCUGUGGAGCGGUGUGCGCCAGGACUGAGAAGCUUCAAGCCAGCUUUCUUUAAUGUGAAAAAUCGAUCAUCCUUUCCGUGGUCGAACAGCAAGGGAAGUGAUACAACUCUUUUACUCAGGUGGCUCAAAUGGCUGACCGCCCUGCAUUUGCUUGACCCUUCGGCUGUGAAUCCGGAACACCUUACCCUCUUGAAGGUCUUGAAGCACACCGUGAUCAACAGCUUGGAAGCCUUUCAGGUGAUGCAUUCUCACGGGCUCUGGUUAGACCGAACCUGCACGAAACACUUGUAUUCUCGCAUUAUGCUUCUCCUACAGGGGUACAAGUCCUUAGCAAGAACGGCGAGUGAUUUGCGACAAGCAGGAUUUGGCCUAAAACCAAAAUUUCAUGGAUUACACCACGUAGCCUACCGACUCGCCGGGGAUCUGAGACGUGGUGCAGUGAGGAUUUUAAAUCCGUUGUUCGCUGCAUGUGAACAGUCGUUGGCCGCGUUUCUCGUUUGA